AUGUCACGCCCCGCGCUGGCUGAGACGAACACACCAACACAUCCCCCUCCUGACCUGCCGCGCGGGCGCGGCGCGAUCCCACGCUUGGCCGAUGCGGACGCAUUUACGUCCGCCGCGAAGUCACAUGCAGUUCGCGAAGCCAUUGGCGAGCGCGCGCCGCUCCUCGCCGACGUAGAGGCGAACCCGCUCACGUACUACACGAACGGGGACGCGACGCACGCGCGCGGCGGCAGCGGCAAACGUGGGGCGGUGUGGACUGCGCUCUCGAGGGGCGCAGGUCCUCUCGCCACGGACGCGGCGAAGGCUCUCCCGGCGGUCGUUCUGGGCACGUUGCUCAACAUCCUCGACGGCAUCUCUUAUGGAAUGAUCAUUUUCCCAGCCGCGGGCGUCUUCGCCGACCUCGGCGGCUCGGGGGUUUCCAUGUUCUUCGUCUCUGCGAUCAUUUCACAGCUCGUGUACUCCGCGGGUGCGAGUGGGUUCGCGGGGGCGAAUGGGAGUAUGAUGAUCGAGGUGGUGCCAUUCUUUCACCUCAUUGCUAACAGCAUCCAGGACCGGAUAGGAGAGGAUGAUCCUCAAGCGGUCAUAGCCACGACAAUGGCCGCAUUCGCGUUUUCGUCAAUCCUCACCGGCAUGACCUUCUUCCUUCUCGGGGCUUUGAAGCUUGGAACUCUCAUCGGCUUCUUUCCUCGCCACAUCCUCGUCGGGUGCAUAGGCGGAGUCGGUGUAUUCCUGAUAAUCACUGGGCUGACCGUAAGCACGCGCAUGUCCGACGACGACUUUUCGCUCUCUUUGGAGACGCUCAAGUUCUUCAUCCUCAACGUACACAACCUCGCGCUUUGGGUCCCCGCGUUCGGCCUCGCGGCGCUCCUGCGCAUCAUCACACACAGAUGGGACCACCAGCUCAUCUUUCCUAUAUACUUCUGUAUCAUACCCGCCGUGUUCUACGUCGUUGUCGCUGCCGCACGCAUCGACCUCAGUGACUUGCGCCACAGCGGCUGGCUGUUUGACAUGGGCGCUUCCAGCGAGCCGUGGUAUCACUUUUACGCGCUCUUCGACUUCCGGAAGAUGCAUUGGUCGGCAUUCUGGGAGACCAUGCCCACUCAACUCGCCCUACUGUUCUUCAACAUUCUACACCCUCCUCUCAAUGUUCCUGCGCUGGCUGUCUCUCUCAAUCACGACGUCGACACGGACAAGGAGCUUCUUGCUCAUGGGUAUUCCAACGUGCUGGCUGGUAUACUGGGCACUGUUCCCAACUAUCUCGUGUACGUCAACACGCUCCUAUUCUAUCGCGUAGGCGGGGAUACCCGUGUCUCUGGAUUCAUGCUCGCCGGUGCCACCGCCGUUCUGCUUAUGGUGGGGACGGGACCGAUCGCAUUUAUCCCGGUCAUGGUUGUUGGCGCUCUCAUCUUUGUCCUGGGUAUCGACCUCGUCAAGGAGGCGCUUUGGGACACCAGGCAACGCGUCAGCACGACAGAGUACAUCACAAUCGCGAGCAUCAUGGUGGUCAUGACCGUCUGGGACUUUGUCAUCGGCGUUCUCUUUGGCAUCGUCGCCAGCUGCAUAUUCUUCGUCGUCCAAAGCUCCCAGCGGCAGUCCAUCCGUGCGCUCUACAGUGGGUCCACCGUGCUCUCGACGGUCCGUCGUCCGGGAGCACACCGCGCUUUCCUCGGCGCGGUCUCGCGCCAGACCGCGGUCCUGCGCCUGCAGGGCUUCCUCUUCUUCGGUACCAUCGCGCGGGUCGAGGAUUCGAUUAGCGCGCUUCUUCGCGAUGACGCGUGGCGACGCGAGCCGCUGCGCUUCCUCGUGCUCGACCUCGCGCUCGUCGCGGGGGUCGACAUGAGCGCAGCAGAGGCGCUGCUGCGGGUGCACCGUUUGCUUGCACAGCGCGGGGUCGUGCUGGUGCUGUGCGGAGUCACGGACGGGGAGGUCGGUCGGGCGCUGGCGAACGUCGGGCUGCUGGACGCGCCGGGAGUGGAGCUCUUCACGACGUUCAGCGAUGCGGUGGAGUGGACCGAAAACGUGUACUUGCGGGCGUGGUUUGAGGCGCAGAAGACGGAGACGCUGCCCGUCACUCUUCCCGGCAGACAGGACGGCGGCACACCCUUCCAAGGGUCCGUCGGCGACAGCCCCCGGAGGUCUGCGUUGCUAAACGCUGGAUGGGAAACUAUCGCGCGAGACCAUUCCCCGGAAAAUAUGGCGCCUGAGCCCCUAAACACCCUUAUCAGCGUCUUCUCUCCCUACGAAGUGAUCGAUGCAGACGCCUUGGCUCCGCUGGUCCCCUACCUCACUCGCAUGUCCGUGCCCGCCGGGACCGUCCUUUGGGAGCAAGGCGCGUCGCCCGACGGCCUGUACAUCGUUGAAGCCGGCGUGCUUCGCGCGACAUACGCCUUCGCACCACCGACGCUGCCUAUGGAAGAGUCCAUGGUGCCGGGGACGGUCGCGGGGGAGCUCUCGACGCUCUCCCGGCUGGAGCGAAACGCAACGUGCGUGGUCGAACGGCCUGCUAUUCUGUGGAAGCUCAGCAUAGAGAACCUGGAGCGGCUGGAGCGCGACGAGGCGGAUCUCGCGCGUGCGUUCACACGACUGAUCCUCAAAGGGGCAAAGCUCGACUACGAUAUCCUCAUCACGGCCCUGGCGACACGACAGUGA